CACGAAGAUUCCCAUCGUAUCCUAUCUUUCGUUGUAAAUAAAUCCUACCUUACCUCUUCUGCAUCUCAACUCUUCUCCAAUCCUGCCUACAAUCCUCCAUCCACAGGCAACACCAUGCAUUCAAAGCUCCUCGCCGUAGCCCUCCUAACAGCAAGCGCACUCGCCGCUCCAACCGAUAAAAGCAGAAUCUGCAUUGAAAAAGAAACGCCGCUCUGCUGCGACCAACAGAGGGGAGCUCUCGUCACAGCCCAAUGCUACGUCCCUCCCGAUGCAAGCAGCAAGGAGGCACUGAUCGCCUCGUGUGGCACUCUCGGCUUAUCAGGCGCAUGCUGUUCGCCGGAUGCUACGGUGCCAAAGAUUAAUAUCUGUGGGCUCGUCGGAAGGGCAUAAGGAUGCUGUGUCUAUAUAUAUAUUACCGAGAUGUCGGAUGGAUUUCAAUCGCCG